UAUAAUCAAUAACAGCCCCCGGCCGGUCUCAUAUUAAAUGCAUGCAUACAACUCGUACUUUGCGUAAUUCCGUACAAACCGUGCUCCAAAUACUGACUCACCAAGUUGUACAUAGUCUGAAGCAUUUUGUGUCGAUGUAGAUUCGCUUGUGAGCGUUAGCAAACUCGGAAUCGUUGAAAUGGCCUCUAAGGUGCUUGUAAAGAUGCCGGCGGUAUCUUUUAACCAGGUCAGUAAGAAGUGUAACGGCUCUGGUGGAGGCGAGGUAGUGGUGGGGAGAGGCGAGGGGCUGCUUCUACCCUCCAUGUCCAAUGACCCGCUUCUCCACAUUACCCAGCUGGAGCAGAACAUCCGCUGGUUACACGAACAACACCAAAUCAUGCUGUCGUCGCUGCAUCAGGAGGUGGAAGUGUUGCGGCAGCGGAACCGGGAUUUGCAGUUUCAGCUGGUGUUCAGCAAGGGCGGCAUUUCCAUUUCACACUCGGGCAGCGAUUCCUCCCCUGACGAUAAAAACAAAAUUAUCCUGAGCCCCAAGGACUGCAAUACCAGGACGUUGCAAGUGGAGAUGUUGGAAAAAGAAGUGACGGAGUUGAAAGCCGCUUUGGCGGAAACAACGGCCACUAAUGUCUCACUGAACAAUGUCAUUGAACAACAGAAAAAACAGCUGAUGGCAAAAGAAUCACGGCUGGUAGAAGCAGAUUACGAAGCAAAGUUAGACGACGCAGAGAGACUCAUACGAAGAUUGCGACGAGACAACGAGGAACAGAGAAAGGAGAUAUCGGCUUUGCGAGCAGCCGUCAACAAGAGCGGUGGAAGUGGCCAUGGUCAGGGAGGCAGCAGUAAUGGCGGGGGGCGCAGCGGCAGAAGGGGGGGUCAUGAGCAGCACAGGUUCCCUCCCCUCCACUCACAAAGCUACUGGCACCACUCCCAACAGAGGUCCAAGACCAGUCCUGACUAUUCAACACAACCCUCAAGUGGUGGAAGUGGCCGGAGGGGUGGGGGAGGGGAAGGUCCCUCACUCCCCCACCUCAGUCGCAACUACAGCCAACCCUCAGGUAGCAACGGUAAUCGGUCACGUUACUACAGCAACGGCAACCAUUACUACAAGUACCACGGGGGCCGCGGCAAUCGGGACCCUAGCCAGUAGCGACCUCUUAUAACAAGUCUUUAGCUCUCUUUAAAUUAAAUUAUACGCCGGUGUUUUGAAGACGCUUUUCGUCUAUUAGAAUUUCACCUAAACGAAUGUUAAUCGAUGUACGUUAAUCCCGAAUUCAGUUCAAAGUUUAUUGUAAUAUAUUUUUUAUAAGGGAAUGCUUUUGCUCGCUUUUCGCUUCGGGAGACAAAUUCAUCGGGGUUAUAAUUAAUGGCUGUGAAUAAUCUGAGGCAAAAUCGGAAGUUGUUGUUUUGUUUAGAUUGUUGCAACUCUUUGUAAACAAUUUUUUUAAGUUUACCCAAAUUUAAGAGUUAAAACGUUUUUGAAAUCAAACUGAAAUCAUUACCCUUAAAAAGAACCAUUUAAGGAACAGGGAACGGUAGUGUUCGUAAUGUUAGUGUUUUAUAAAUAGCGUAUUAAUUGGCUUUUAUUGUAUCCGAAGGCAGUAGAUUUUAGUACGUAUAGAGGAUUAUUUUUAUCCAGUACUCAAAGAUGUUUAUAGUUUAUAUUUAUCACCAGCAUUAAAAGUGCCAAGUAUUUUUAUCUAAGCUUUUAUUAGAUUCGGAACCAAUAUUCAGGAAAUAAACCUCGGGAAAAAUGUUUAAAUAAUGGACGAUACAGUAAUAACAUUUUAGACUCUUAAACAACUUCUUUUAUUUUGAAUUCAUCACUUUUCAAAUUCAGAUGUUUAAUGUUGUAGUAUAAAGUACACCAACUGGAUAUUUUAGCAAGACUGAUAUUAAUAAUUUAGUCUUCAUUUAAGAUUGAGAUUUAAGGUAUUCACUAUGCACAAUUAUAUAAUUCAUAACCGAUUGAUAUUGUUAUAUUCAAUUAGACUAUGUAACUCAUUAUCUUUCGAUUUACGAUUGAAUAGUUUAUUUCAUAUGGUGCGCUGAUUUAUAGUCAGUUUGAAUUGGUUUAGACAUUGUUUAUAAAAAGUAUAUAAUAAAUUACAUGCCAAUAUUGAA